AUGUCAUGGGAUGCUCUUAACCCUAACCCUACCCCUUUUCGAGAGAAUACCUACGAAUCUCCAGAACCACCAGCUGCAGUAGAGGUGGUCAUCAUAUCCUUCUGUCAACAAGAUAUAGAAUAUCUAAAAGAUCUACAAUAUCUAUUGGAACUAAAUGAUCUAUUACCUCGACUAGAUCCAAAAUAUCUAAAAUCUCUAAAAUCUUUACAAAAGCUACUAGCAAAUGUACUUUUAGGUGAUCUAAAAGACUUAUUAGCUCAAAUACUUCCACAAGCUUUAGAAUCUCUACGAACCCUAGAAAAUAUAAAAAAUAGAGUAGUUGAACUAACUCGAGAAGCCUUGCAAAAGUCAACCGAUUUAAUAGCUCAACUAAGUCUACUAGCUCAGUCAACACAGCCAGCUCAAUCAGCUCAGUCAGCUCAAUCAGCUCAGUCAGCACAGACAGCUCAGUCAGCACAGACAGCUCAGUCAGCUCAACUAAUUGAACAAGCUGAACAAGCUCUAAAAGAGGUACAAAAGAUACAAGAGCUAAAAAUCCUAUUGAACAAACUAAUUGUAGGAACUCAGGAAGAUAUGACAUAUCUACAAGCUAUACAAAAUAUAAAUGAUCCACAAGCUUUACUAUCUCAACCAGCUAGCUUAAUGCACCUAAUUGAAAAUUCACAACCAGCUCUGGAGCAUCUAAAAGAGCUAAUUAUUGAAACCCAUCCACAAACUCAACUAGCUCGACUAUCUCAAGUAAUUGAGCAAGUUCAACUAUCUCAAUUAUCUCAAUUAUCUCAAGUGAUUCGACAACAUCUAGAACAUCUAGUGGUAUUUCUGCCAGAUCAUGAUACUAUUGAAGGAUAA